UUGCAGAAGAUGAAGAGGUCAUUUUCUGAAGAUACAAAUCCGGACCAUGAUUUACUACAUGGAUCUACUUCACAAUUAGAUUCGACUCCCCCGAUCAGUAAACGUUUAAUUUCAGCUGCAUCAGAGCCUAUAUCAUUCAUCCGAAUCUCAUCCUUGGAGGAACUUGAUAAGAGAGCAUUACAGCUUCAAAAUAAAAAACUAUGGGAAGCGUUGAUGGAACGUCGAGCUGCCAUUGCUGAAUUGAAGGAACGUAUUGAACACCUGGAAAAUCGCCAAACUAAGGAUGAUGCUUUACUUUGUGUAGUCAAUCGUUACUGGAAUCAGCUCGAUGAAGAUAGCUUGAUUAUACUUCAGCGUUUUGAUUCGGAUGCUGAGGAAGAAAUUUCAACAUCUACAGAAUCAUUUCUCAAACAAUUGGCUUCAUGGGACAAGGAAGAAGUUCCAGAAAAGCUUCAAGAACGAGUGCAUUUUUCCAAGCGUAUUAUUGCACGCCUCUUAUCUGCCUAUGAAAAAAUGGUUACUCACCAGUUUCGUUUGCGUCAACUGCUUGGGAACACUACUGAAACCGCAUCAGUUUCUGUUGGAUCUGAAAUUAGUGAUAAUAUUUUACCUAUUCAUUCCAGUUCAUCGGCUCCUUAUGGCACACAAAACUCUAAUUCUGAAGGUAACAAUCAAUCAACUAGUUCAUCUCAGGAGCCUGCUUCAACAACGUGCAGCAGAUCUGGUGCAGUAGAUUUGCACGAGGAAAUAACACUUUUAAACAAGGAAAAUCUUCGUCUCCAAAGCCUUUGUACAAAUUUGCAUUCUAAACAUCGACAAAGUAGUCUUCGCCUUCGUGAACUACAAGACUUAGCUCAGACGAAUAGUGACGCGUCAGCGGAAUGGCAAGCUAAGUAUGAGGAUUUAGAUUAUAAACUUGCGGAAGCAAUGAAACAAGUUACGCGUUUAGAUCAUCGUCUGUAUGAAGCUCAGGAGAAGAAUAAAAAAAUGGAAGUUGAAUUAUCAGCUCUCAAAUGCUCAGACUCUCCAGGUCGUGAAGAUCCUUCAAAUAUUGAUGGAUCAAUUACACGGAAUAAAUAUAAUGACUUGGCUUGUGAACUGGAAGAGUACCGUGAGUUGGCAAAUAAUCGUAUAAAUGAAUUAGAGCGCCUUCAACGUCACUUGGAAGACAAAGUUUCAGAAUGUGCUUCAUUGAAUAUGCAAUUAAGAGAUAUUCCCGAGCAUAUUAUUACAGAAUCUCCUCAAUAUUUAUCCUUAAAAACUCAAUUCAAUAUUCUAUAUAAUGAAGCUAUCCAACUAAGAAGUCAGUUAGAGGAAGCUAGAAGUACUAUUCAGAAUAACAGACACAAUCAUCUGAAACAGAUAGAAGAGAUGGAGGCAAAUGAAGCAGCUAUACAGAAUCAGAUGCGAUCUGAAAUGCUUCUAAUUGAAGGGCAAUACUCUCAACUAAGACACAAAUAUGAAACUAUGGAAUUGGAUUUCAAGCAAGCAUUGACGCAUAAUGAACAAGCUGGUCCUAUCAGUUGCGAAAUGCGUAGUCUAAUUUCCACACUCCAAACACAAAACAAACAACUAAAAGCUGAAGUGACUCGUUAUCGUAGAAAAUGUGAAGAAACUGUACAGGAACGUGAAAUGAUACGUGCGGAUUUGAAAUGUACAGAGGAUGAGUUAAUUCGUGUCCGUACGGCGCUUUCUGAGGCAACUGCAGCUGUUAUUACUGCAUGUGAAAAGUCAGAUCAGUCGACACCAUCAACCCCCCAAAGCUCAAAUCUACCUCAGACUUCAGUAACAAUGCCAGAUGUUGGAUCACCAACUGCUGAUCCAGAAUUGAAAGCAAAAAAUUCAAUUCCUAUAAAAGUGGAGGAAAAUGUUAAGUAUAGUUCUCCAAGUUCAUCUACUGCUCGAUCUGGCACAGUCACCACUUCAGCAAGCUCUCAUGUCAAUGGAAGUGGUCCCGAAAAAGUUUUGAAAACUGAAUCUACUCCCGACUUUCGUUGUAAUGUCUCGUGUUCUUCGCCGUCCAAUGAGAUUAUUCGUGAUUUAAAAGAACAACUGAAGCGUUCACAAGAAUCACAAAAAGAAAUGUCUGUACUGCUCAACAUGUAUAAAGUUAUCCCAAAAGAUCAAAGAGAUAAAGCAGCACUUCUUCAGUGCGAAGCCAAGCUGCGGGGUGAACUGGCUGAUGCCAGAAAUGAAAUCGAUAAACUUCAUGCAACUAUCAAGGAUCUUCAAUCACAACAAACGAAGAUGCAGCAACAACGGAAGUCAACGUUAACAUCUCCUAUUGAGCCCAAUUUAAAAAUGUCACCUGCUGAACGUUCACUCACUUCCCAUGGAAAUAUUCCACUAUCUCCUUCGAAAACAUGUAAGACUGGGUUGGUUUCUCCUGAAGAAAAAAGCUCGAGUAUAUCUGUAUCUCUGCCGAUCACGUCUUGUGGAAAAUCUAAAAUUUCUGCUUCUGAUUGGCAAAUAUCAGAGUUGCAAAUGGAACUGUAUAUAGUUCGACGUAAAAGUCAAUCUGUUGAGGAGCAGUUAAAACUUCACCAACAACGACUUGUAGCUGCCAAGCAACAAGAGGAUGUACUAUUGAAGGAAAUGGAAAUUACUGUUCAAGCAUUUGAAGAUGCACAAGAACAAAACGUUCGUCUUGUUAAAACAUUACGAGAAAAAGAUGAUGCUCACCUAAAGUUAAUGGCAGAAAGAAUGAAAACUGCUCAACUUGCUCGUUUACUGAAGGAAGACAAACAGCUUUUAGAAGAACAGAUACGUCUGAUGCAAGCAAAAAUUGAAGCGUUAAACCGUGCAGUUCUAAAACAGGAAGAGAAAGAACGUUUAUUGUUAACCAAUUUAGCAACCUUAGAGAAAGAGGCAUCAGCUAGACAAAAGUCACAGGAAGCCUAUAAACGAAAAGCUCUGGAAAGUCAACAAGUCUCUGAAGACUUAAAAGUCACUGUUCAAAAGUAUCAAAGUCAACUAAAAGAUGCUCAAACUACUGUUCAGGAGAAAGCGUCCGCUUUUGAACGCGUUUCUUUCGGUCAUCAGCGUUUACAAGAAGAACUUGUCACUGUGCGCAGAAAAUACGAACGGUUACGCAAGAUCGAACAGUCUCAUAACGCUGAUGAAUUUUUAUUGGCUGAAAUUCAGGAUUAUAAAGAGCAACUUACAUGUCCAACGUGUAAAAUCAACAGAAAGGAUGCUAUUCUAACUAAAUGUUUCCAUGUGUUCUGUUUGAAUUGUCUAAAAGUUCGGUAUGAAACACGAAAUCGUAAAUGUCCAAAGUGCAAUGCAACAUUUGGUGCCAACGAUUAUCAUCGUAUAUAUCUUACCUAAUCUAUUUAAACCAACAGGCUUAUCUUUCCGUGUUUUUUUUUAGAAAUCUCUUCUAUUUGUUUUUGUAUACUCCAGUAAUGUAUAUAGUAUUGACUGUGAGAAUCCUUCACUAUAUUCUGUAAAUACUUCCCACUUUAAAUAAUAUAUAGUUUAUAUUUUUA